AGUACUGAGAGCCACAGACAGGUUGCUUGUGUGUAAGUCAGUAUCACAGACCAGUGACUGAUUCUCCCGGGUCCCCGUGUCCUGGCUGUCAGAAGAUGCACAGCUCUAGAGGGGACUCCUGCUGCUGAUAGAGGACAGGCUACCAGCCACCUGAAACCACUGUGUGUGUGAGAGAGAGGGAGAGAGAGAGAGAGAGAGAGAGAGAGAGAGAGAGUGUGUUCGCAGAAAAGACAAACUGUGGAGCCAUGUCCUCCUCUGGAUCUAACAGCCACAACAAGAGACUGCCCUCUGAGACGGAGCAUGCUCAGAGGGUCCUGGAGCUGGACCACGCGCAGCAGCUGAAGCUCCGGGAGAGGCAGCGGUUCUUCGAGGAGGUUUUCCAGCACGAUGUUGACGUCUACCUCUCUGCGGCCCACCUCCAGGUCGAGCACAAGAGACCGCCCAUCGGUAGCAUCUCUUCCAUGGAGGUGAAUGUGGACAUGCUGGAACAGAUGGAUCUCCUGGAUAUCUCUGACCAAGAGGCUUUUGAUGUCUUCCUCAAUUCCGGGGCGGAGGAGGGCAGCAUUGCCACAGCGCUGGCAGACGACAGUGACGUGUACCAAGACGAGAUAACGCUGCAGGUACCCAGAGAAGCCAAAUCUCGCACGUCCUCCACAUCCUCCACCUCCACAGACCCCUACAGCCUGGACACCAGCGAAGAGGGGGCGGAGACCCCUGUCGUCCAAUCAGACGAUGAGGACGUGCAAGCCGACACAGAACUACUGAGAGCCCCGCCCCUCCCCAAGGAGGAAGAUGAGGAUCAGCCAGACCAUGCCUCCUAGCAGCACUGCCACUGUCUUACUGAGUUACUGCACAGCCAAACCUGCUUAGAACCAUUACAGCUAGUCACAGACAAGUGGUCUUUAAACACUGGAGAUGUAUAUACACAGUGCAUCAGAGCAGGCAUUGUAAACAGGUCUCUUCUGGUGGUCUUUGAUACCGGUUUGACUGUACUAGGUGUAGCUUUUCUAAACUCGUAACUUUUAUGAAAAAACAGACAGCAUUUUUUUUUAAAAGCACUCAUUAUGCUUUAUGUUUUACCAAUUUAAUUUUUUUCUUCACUUUCCAUGACUUUUUAAUUUGCAGAAUCUCUUUGAAAACGUUCCUUUUCUACGUUAAAUUGCAAACAGGCACCUCGAUUUUGUAACAGCCCCCAAAAAUAAAUAAAACCUGUCUGUCAUCACUGUUUUAUAACUAGAACUAUUCUAUAAACAGUGCUUGCCAGGUUCAAUUUAUAUUUAAAAAUGGAAAACUGCCGUUACCUUAUUAAGACAGUCCUUUUUUUUUUUAAUAAGGAAGAAGAAUUGCAGUUUAGAAGUGUAAAAUGCAGAGUUAUGGAUAUGAAUAAUCUCCAGCUACACUUUAUACAUGGGAUACAUGGUGGGUGGCUGGAUUGGAAGAGUAUAUAGAGGUUAUGUACAGACACACAGUAUAAACUGUCAGAGAUGCCAAGACUUCCUAACACAUAGACAGGGUGACCAUAUGGCUCCGUGCUCACCGCGACAGUUCAUUGUUGUUGUCUUUUAAUUUACAUCACAAUGAAUUCUGGUACAUUGCAUCUGUUUCACGCACCUUUUACAGUAAGACUUACAGGACUAAGGGGAAAAAUAACUAGCACCCAAGAUGCAGUUUUUUUUUUAUUUACCUUUACCUUCAAACACAUUAUAAAUGAGUAAUCAAAUGGAAAAUGCAUCCACAUUUUUGGAUUUCCCCAUUUUUUUCCAGCAAAAAAAUGAAAUGAAUUGGACCCUGGGUUUACAAAACUGUCCCAUACUGUACUUUGCUGAUAUAGAAAUGAUUGAUCCCUUUGCUCUCUGGUGAGAGAACCUGACUUUUGGAGACAAAAGCAUUCUGUGAAAAGAUGCCACGGCCGCUGUCCUCUGUGUAGUAGUACAACUGGACAGUAGGUGGCAGUGGUGGUUAAUCUUAAAAUCACACACACAAUGCAGAGUGUGUACAGUAAAUGCAGCAGGCAGUGUUGUACUGCAGCUUCUGCAGGUAACCCCAGGAUUGAGAGUCUAGAAUUAAAGUAACAGAGUGAUUAAGUGGGGCUUGACCUGACACUACAACAGUAAAACAGAAUGAACUGCAGCGCGCCACAACAGUAACAGAACUGAAGCUACACUCUGUGCUUUAACUGCAAAUUCCAUUCACUACAGUUACAGUGUAACUUGUCACAAACUGUAUUAUAACUGCAAAUCAAUAUACAAAUCACUUGCAGAGCUCUAACACAAUGAACAGUGCAAUUAAAACUACCCUCUUCAGCAGUGCAAUUAAAACCACAGUUUAUCCACCCUCUUCUCCACCACCACUUGUCCCAUUUCUAUUGUACGUUCACAGCAGUAAACUCAUGCAAACUGGCUUUUGUAUUGAUCAAUAUGACUGAAUUUACAAUUAUCCCAUUGCUACCGCCAUCAGCAGCCCUCCAAACAGCAUGCUGCGUCUCAAUGUUACUGCAAAGCAUGGUUUUAAGGAAAUUAGGCACAAGAGAAAGGGAUCAUUUUGGAAGGUAGAGGGCUCUGGACACUAAUGCCAUAUAUAGAUGAAUGGGUUAUGCUUGGGAGAGGUCUCCAUUCUGUCUUCUGGUGGAGGCAGAAUGGACUAAACCAAACCAGACCCAUGGCCAUGCAACAAGCUCCUCCCAUCAGCUUUUCACAUUGAGAGGCUCAGUGGCACCCCUGCUGUAGAACCAGUACUGUACAAACACCUCUGGAUUGUAUUCCUCCUGUCAAAAGUGCACAAUAAAAACACAAGAUUAAUCAAACUGGGUUGACUUGCAAGUGCAUCUGUGGCCAAAGGUUCAAGUCAGGGGGACCAAAUCAAAUAUAUCCAGUCCCAAGGUUAUGUAGUUGACCUUCAAAUACUUGAAUGACAUCCAGGUAUUAACGAUGCAAGCUACAAGCUUUGAUUUUCGCCAUAUUUUGGGAACCAUUAACAAUACAUACUCCAUAGGUCUGUGACGGUUUAGAUUAUAUAAAAAAGACUCUCCGAUGUUACAUUUAGACCCUGAUUAGUACUAGUCAUGGACUACCUUAACAUAAGGUAACAUUAGGUAGCCGAAGAUUAGUGUUAAUCUGGGUCUGUGAAAUCAUGAGUCAGUGUUAAUUGAUUCAAUUUAUUGAUUUAUUGAAUCUGGCAUUUCAGAACUUGAACUCAACGUUUUUAUUUUGCAAAAUAUUUUAGGGAGGCUUUACUACAGUUCUAGAACAUGUAAGACUUAUGAGUCUGUGUGAUGAAUCGAUUGUUCUCUUUCGCUAGUUUAAUUGUGUGUGAAAAAUCUGAAUCUUGAGAAGUCUGUUUAGUUGAUUUAGUUGCCACUGUAUAGAUGGACUUAUAUAAUGUUUCUGACUCACCAAGCUAUUGUUGCCAUAAAUAUAUGUUGAUGUAGAUCGAGAUUAAUGACAACUGCCAUCCAAUUAUCCUUUUUCCAGCACUGCUCAUCAAGAUACUCGUUACACCCCUCUAAUGUUAAGUUUUGAAUGUACUUGUAAUCAGAAUUUUAAAUAACACACAGUGGCUUGAAAAUCUUCUCGUCGAAAUGUUUCUCUACAUGUAAUGACGUUUCUCAAUGGUAAUGACUCAUGUAUUGUGACUGAGAGUGUAUGUUUGUUUAAUAACAAGGCGUCACUGAUUCCUGUUUCUGGGCCCUGAUAUAAAUGUAUCAGUCUUA